ACUUCAGCAAAGCUGCACUGCGACUUAUCAAGUUUGUCAUCAAAUUUAUAAACAAAGAAAUAUGGCGAUUGCCUAAACCUAAAUUGCGAGUCUAUAUAAAUAAAAGGAAGUCCCAUAAGCUGGCCAGUGCUACGAUUGAGUCGGUGUCGGACGCUUCUGACAAGUUUUGCACUGAAAAUGUGGAACCACAGUCACCAGCUCUGCUGUGCCAAGGCCUUGCUUGUGAUCGGCGUGCUAUGUGUGCUCUCAUUUGGCAUAGGAAAUGCCGUCCACAUCCCAACAUAUGGCAGCAGCGAAGGUGAGACGCGGCCCCCGCCCGACCAGUUGGCCACGCUGCCAGGCGAGCUAAAGUUUGCGCAUGUGAUUUUUCGACAUGGAGACCGUACGCCAGUGGACCCAUAUCCGACGGAUCCCUGGAAUAAUAGAAAGUUUUGGCCCACAGGCUGGGGACAACUGACCAAUCUGGGCAAAGAGCAGCACUACGAGCUGGGCAAAUGGCUGCGAAAUCGAUACAAAUCGUUGCUGGGCUCGAGAUAUACGAACGAGGACAUCUUUGUUCAGUCGACCGAUGUGGAUCGGACCCUGAUGAGCGCCCAAUCGGAUCUCGCGGGACUGUACGAACCACAGGGCGAUGAUAUAUGGAACCCACGCAUAGAUUGGCAGCCCGUGCCCGUGCACACUGUGCCCGAGAAGGACGAUUCCAUACUGGCAGCGAAGGCCUCAUGCCCGGCCUACGAUUAUGAGUUGGCCACGCUGGAAGCCUCGUCAGAGUUCCAGGCUCUGUACGUGCGCUAUCGCGAGCUCCUCUCCUACCUGACUCAGAACAGUGGACGCCUCGUCAAGUCCUUUAUAGAUGCCCAGUACUUGAAUAACACGCUGUUCAUUGAGAAGCUCUACAACAUGACACUGCCAGUGUGGGCGGAGAAGGUGUAUGGCAAGGAGGAGCUCACCUACGUGUCCAAUUUUGCCUUCUCCAUUGCCACGUUCACGCGCAGCAUGGCGAGAUUCAAGACGGGUCCACUGCUAAAGGAUAUUUUCGAGCGGUUCGACAAAAAGUUAAACAAUCAACUGAAGCCCGAUCGUUCGCUGUGGAUCUACAGUGCCCAUGACACAACGAUUGCAAAUGUUUUGAACUCCCUGAAAUUAUUUGAGCUGCACAGUCCACCAUAUGCCGCCUGCAUUAUGCUGGAGAUGCGCGUGGAUGAUAGCAACACCCCCUUGGUGUCUGUGUUCUAUAAGAACACCACGGCGGAGCCUCUACCCCUGGACAUACCCGGCUGUGGCCUGUCCUGCCCACUGAAAACUCUAGUCAAACUCUACCAGGAUGUGCUGCCCGGGAACUGGGAGCGUGAAUGCAAGCGCUCAACCAUGAUGAUGACCUAUGAGGAGGCCAACUUGGGUGCGGCGACAGGCAUUCUCAUAUUCAUCAUUACUGUGCUGCUGUGUGCCAGCUAUGGCCUGAUGGUCUACUAUCGUCGCCGCCACUACAAUCUGUAUACCUCGUACUCUCAAAUGGCAUAGGAAUGGAUGGAUCCAUGUUAUUGUUUAUCUCGGAUUUAAGAGCUGCUGCCGCUGGGAGCGGCGCUCACUUGCCACCUGCCACCGUGUGAUUUUUGUUACGUGUGAAUCCUAUUUUUGUUCUGGUUCUCAAAUCGUGUUAAUCGUGUUGCUUAUGCAGUUAUAAUGUGCAUUUAAACAACAGCAAAUUAAUUAGUCGAUUCAUCUUGGAUAAUUGUUGUGCAUUUGGUAAUGAAAAACCCAACUAAGUUUUUGGUAUUAAGGAUUGAGGAUGGAUAACUGCCAGCUGUUGGCUGAUGAAUGAUGAAUGAA